AUACGCUCCAUGUCGUUAUCAACGUCCACAAUUGUUGCCACUGAAACGAAUGUGUCAAACUCAAGCAAUACAAUAUAUUUUCCUAGCGACGGCCAAGAUGGGAUUAUUACUGAUGCUACUUUUUCUUCCGCCGUUGUGGCCCUAAUAUUUCCAUUUGUGGCUAUCCCAUUGUGCGUUAUUGGAGCUCGUCUAGUAAAAUACGCAUGGAAGAUUUAUCAGGCAAAAAAGUAUGGAUACGAUGGUGAUCUCUUUGAGGAUCCUCUUGCUGAGCUGGGUCUGAAAAUUCGUCGCGGAUAUGAAAACACUGCCGAGAUUAGAAAAAUCAGAAAAGAGCAGCGGUCAUUGCGAGCAAAAUUUCAACAACGAACCAAAAUAAACGAAAUGGCGAUUCAAGAGUCUGGUGUAAACUCGGUUGGCAUGGAAGAAAUAAGAGAUAAAUUUAUCAAACAGUUUCCACAACUUCAAGUAGCUGAAGGAUAUUUAAGCAAUCUUCGUCAACAAACUCGUCGCACUUGGAUCAACCGAUUUUCUCCCGAUGCUGUUCGUCGCUGGAUCAGCGUUUCAAGAUAUGCACGUGCUUGGAUGGUUUUCCAAGUGUUUUGUACCGUUCUCGCCAUUUUGAACUAUGUCAUGCUUACCUACCUUGUGCAUCAGGACGAUCGUACUGAGCGUAAACUCAUCAAAAAUUUGGAUCUAUUUUAUGCAGCCAUUUUUCUCAUAGACUAUUUUUUGUCGUUUUACACGGCUGAGGAUCGUUUACGGUUUUUUAUCAACUACCUGUCGCUGAUAGAUUUGCUAUCUAUUGUAUCUCCAUUUGUGUUUGUACUUAUUUCAAGCGACACAAAAUUUGUGUGGUUUGUUGGACUUAUUCGGAUUUUCAGAGCAACAAGAAUUUUACGAACGUAUCGAAUCCUGGCAUUUUCACAGUCUGAGGAAACCAGAGAACUCACCGUAUUUAUUCUCAACUUUGCCAAUUUUAUCUUUUUUUCUGCAUCCGUAAUCAAUGCCACCGAAACUCUUGUAGUUAAAUUCAAUACUCCGCCAUCUCUACAAAAUUGGCAUGACAGUCUAUACUAUAUCAUGGUUACGUUUAGUACAAUUGGGUUUGGAGAUCUUACGCCCAACUCAAGUAUUUCGCGAAUCAUUGUUAUGUUUUUGAUUAUACUGGUCAUCGUUUAUGUGCCUUAUCAAACAGGUAAAAUUCUUGAACUAUACAACAGUUUAAGUCGGUACCAACGAGCAUCUCAUCAGGCAUCCAGUAGCCACCCUCAUGUUAUUCUCAGUGGAGGCAUUACUGCCAGCAGCUUGAUUGAUUUUUGCCGCGAGUACUUUAUUGCUGACCAACUUGGAACAAUUGUGAUCCUGCACACUCAAGAGCCAAACAUUGAUAUUCGAAGACUAUUAAACCACCCGUUUUAUCGUAAUCGGCUUAUUUAUCUGAGAGGAAAUCUCAUGUCUGUCCACGAUCUCAGGCGUGCUUCUGCUCAGUAUGCAACUGCACUGUUUUUACUCAACACCCAGUCUUCAGAAACUACAACUAAUAUUGAUUCUCACAAUGAGGUUGAGGAAUUGAAACAUGCACGUAGUAUGGAUGCUCAAAUUCUUAUGCAAUCACUUGUUUCCAAAAACGGGUUUCCAGGACUUCCUGUAUUUGCUCAAGUGCAGGACAUUCGAUCCAAGGACCUUUCUAAUCAUUGUGGAUGUGAUCGAACCUUGUGUAUUGAUGAGAUUAAAAUGUCUCUUAUGGCUGCCAAUUGUAUUGUUCCUGGAAUUCAAACACUAGUUCUCAACCUAAUUCAUUCGUACAAGGAACUGGAAAACAACACGCUUUCUGAUUUCUGGAUGCAAGAGUAUCAAUGUGGAGUAGCAAAUCAAGUCUAUACGUUUAAAAUUCCUGCUGGGCUUGUUGGUAUGAAAUUUCACGAUGCAGCGCGUGAGGUAUACACCAUCUAUGGUACCAUUAUUUUUGCACUGAUUUCUAGUAAUGCUGGGUUCAAUCAAAACCCAGUUCGCAUGCGUAUCGAUAGAGCUUACCGUAUCAAAAAUGAUGACAUUGCAUUUUGUAUUUCAGAUGGAGGUGAUGAAAUGCUUUUACGUAUUGCACUUCAUUUCAAAGAACAGUACAAAAAAACAGAACUCGAUCAGCGCGAUCUUGAACUGGAGAUGGAAGAUGUAAUUGGAAAGAGAGAUGGUACGCUUCAGUUGGACAAAGCCAGUACUACUUUAUUUGACGGGUUACUUGAUAAAAGCAAUUUUCAGGAAAUUCAAUGCGAAAAACUUCCUUUGGGAUCAAUGCCUGCAGACCUGUUUGGCCAUAUUAUACUUUGUGGCCAAAUGACUGCACGUGCAGUGCGUCAGUUUGUAGCUUCUAUAUGCGGAGAAGAUAUGAAUGAACCCAAAAAACCAAACACUCCAACAUCAUCAAAGAAAGCAGCCAGUUCAACGUGUUCAGAAGAUACGCCAGUCUUACGCCCCAACAUCCCAAGAGCACCCAUUGUCUGCCUGAUGGAAACAUUGCCUAAAGUUGACGAUCUUGGGAUUUGGGCCGACGUUCUUUCACACGAAAAUGUAUAUAUUGUUCAGGGAACACCACUCAAAAAAACAAGCUUGACUCAGGCAGGCGUUGAUAGAUGUCUUCGUCUUGUGGUUUUGGCCAAUUCUGACGGUAGCAACUCCAACAAUGAUUCUGUUCCAGACAGCCAAGCACUAUUUAUUGUCAAGAUGCUUCAAAGAGAAUGGCCUCGUGUCCGAUUUCUUGUAGAGUUGGUGGAUGGUUCGAAUGUAAAGUACUUUUCAGCAAGAAAUAUGGAAUGGGACACCAAUAAUUUACGAAUGCAGUCCAUUUUAAGUAACUAUGCUCUUACUUUGGGCGAUCGACUGGAUCUUUAUAGAAAAGUUCGAGCCGAGAAUGCCAAGCAAUCGUCAAUCUGGUUUCAACUGGUUCAGUUUGUAUUUGAAUCGUCUAAUGGAUCAAAAAAGCAACACACUUCAAAGCAUCAUGACUAUUCACAGGCCGAGUCUAAUUAUAAGAAAUCGAUAAACAAUCAACAAUCCAAUUCUGGCAAACCCUCACAAAAGCGGUUUACCCCGGCAAAUGCUGUGACUCAAGCCAAUUCUCAAGGAGAUUAUGAAAUGUUAAGCAGUCUUGUGGACAGUAGUGCUAGUGCAAAUAAUGAUACUUUUCAAACAGAUAAAGAGGUUUUGGAAGACCAGGACGACGAUUUGCCAAAUGAUCAAGACAAUGCAGAGGAAGAUGCGACAGGCAGAGAAUCUCAUCGCGAGGUGCCCAUCACGGAAGCAUACCUUCAAAAAUUGCUCGAGGAAGCAGAGUUGAACGAGUCUGGAUUGAGCCCCUAUCCAGUAUACCAUUUUGAUCGACACUUUGCGGCAGGAAUGGUUGCUACAUCGUCGUUUAUGCAUUCAUUGCUUUGCCAAUCUUACUUUAGGCCGUACAUUGUGGAUGUGGUGCGAGCUUUAAUUGCCAAUGUGGUGCAUUUACCCGUUACAGAAUUCUACGCUGGGAAAAAAUACAUUGAGUUGGUGCAUUAUUGUCUGUCGGUUGGUUAUGUUCCUAUUGGAUUGUAUCGUCGAGGAAUUCCCAAUACACGAGGAAAAGCAGCAUCUCCUACAUCAGCAUCGAAAUCUCAGCAUCCUAACCUUUCCCAGGCGUUUGAUGCAGACACGAUGCCUUAUGUAUACACCAACUGUAGAUCUGGAGACAUAGUUCAGGCAUUUGAUUUGGUGUUUGCCAUUAAACAAUAAUGCAGCUUUGGAUUUUACCAUUUGCAAUACCGACUUGUUUCUAUUCUGUCUGGCAAUCCUUUUUAUUUAAUAUCACCGUUCAAUUUUACAAUCCUAUUCACGUAAAAUAGAACUUUUCUGUAUUUAUCCUGCAGUGAUUGACUCUAUUUUGCUUUAGAAUAAACAAUGAUUAAAUAU